AUGGAAGAAAUAACAUUGUCUUUUGUAAAAUCCAGACCUGAAAUACAUAAAUCAAAUGAUAAAGAAUCGGAAUCGAUUCAAAAAUCUGAACAAAACAAUAAUGAAAUAUGGAUUAAUUUAAUCAAUACCAUUCAAGAUAAUUCAUUUACUCUGAAAGAAUAUAAAAUGACAGGAUUAAUGUUUUUGAAGGAUAAGAAACGGCAAGUUCUCUCUGAGAUUGAAAUGACAAUAAAUGAUAUAAAAGAGUUGGAAAUUCAAUCGAAUGGAAUGAUAAACAAUGGUGCCUAUUACUCGCCUUGCAAGCAGAACUUCAAUAGUAAACAAUCGUCUUUAAAACUCUCACAAUCAUUCUGUCAGAAUGUCUCACCCACCGUUGUAUCGCUGGAUAUGUUUGAGAUGCCAUCUUGUGUAAAGGUUCUCUAUUCACUACGAAUGAAUCCUAAUAUCCUGGCGGAUUGUCUCGAGCAUAACAACAGGCUUGGCCGCGGUCAAACCAUUGAGCAUACACAACUGGCCGACUUUAUAACACGUGCCAUUUUCAACGGCUGUUUGACCGAGCUGGAGGAGCGCAUUCACCUCGAACUCGUAGAAACCGUACUACUCCGCGAGUUCAACAACGACCCAUCGCACUUUGACUUGGCCAACGAUCCGUGCGCAACUCAAGAGGAACAACAGGCUCGUCUACGAUUGAUAGUUGUUCAUAUCAUCUUCUCCUCUUACAUCAUACCGGAACUCGUCAAGCCCAACAAUCUCUACAUGAUAACCGGUCAAAUCGUAACACAAAACAUCAAGCAUAAUCUACGUAUAUUCUCCGAUCGCAUUCGUACCUACGUGGAAUCACCAGACUCCAUUCCUAAACAACUGAACAACCAACACAAUCUCAAAGAUAAACUUGAAUCUUUUUGUAACUCAAUAAUUUCUGUCCAUGAUUUGAAAUCAUAUUUUAAAGAAACAUAUCAAGUAAAGAAUAAUAGUAUUAGCGAUAUCAAGUUGAUGUUGUCCAAUUAUGAUUUGAAGAAAAUCAUUGAGAUUAUAAGUUGGGAUAAUUCAAUGGAUUUCAAGAGAUUGUCUUUGAAGAGUAGUGCAAGAAUGGUCGGUGAAAUACCAAUGAUCAAUGAGAAGAGUAUGGUUUUGUUCUGGAUCAACUCAACACCCAAUCCCAAAGCAAAACCAACGCUAUCAAGACAUAGAAGUAGUAAUAAUAUUGAUAGCAACAACAGUAGUAAGAGGGAGCUAAGAUAUUCGCAAUCAGAUGAGAUUGAGAAGCGAAAUAUUGCUACGAUUGCUAAAGGUUUGAAAACAUUGUUUCUCCACUUUGAUCGAGCACAGUGUGGAUUCUCUUCGGACAGUCUCAGAGAUUUGAUUCUUCAUAGACAAUCGCGGUUGGCACCAACCGAUAAUACUACAUACAAUCAGUUUGAAGAGAUAUUGAAAUCGUUGGCAGUGUUACCCGAUCACAUCGUUGCGAAUAACUAUGAGAAGUUGGCAAUGUUGAUUUUGAAAGAAGAGGAAGAAUCCAAUAACAAUGAGAAAGAUGAAUAUAUGCGACAGAUAAGAUCGAUCGACCAGUUGGAACAAUACAAAAAACGAUUGCUCAAUAAGAAACACAACAUGUUUUGUAGUUUAUUCUUCUUCAACACUUCGAUCACCAAUGAAAUCGAUGAGUACAUUCAAUUCAUUAAAUCAUUCUGUGAAGGUCUUAGGUAUUGUCAGUGUAAAGAGAUCUACUUCCAGUCUCAUUGUGAUGAAUUGGAUAUGUGUGAUUAUUGUCUAUCAUUAAAAGCAACUAUUCAGAAAUUGUUUAAUAAGAUUUCAAAAUCAAUGUCAGAAAUACAAGAACAACUUAUGAAUUCACCAACCUCUGAACAGAUUGUUCCAAUGGAGAUGUUCAUUUAUUCAACCUACAAGAGAAAGUUAAUGAUUAACUUACAUUCUUCAUUGUUUCAUUAUUCUAAAUUAAAUAUUAAUUUCCAAAUGGCUUUAAACUUUAAGAUUAAUCUACCAAACUUUUUGGAGAAUUUCAUACAGGAAGAGAUUCCGGAGAAGUAUCUCGAUGCCAGUAGAUGGGCGCGAUCAAUCAAUGAGUUGAAGAAGAUCAACCAUCUAAAGUCACCGGAUGACAUGCUGAACUGUAUCAAAGAGACUUCAUCUACAUUGAUCAGAGUAUAUUCAAUUCCUCAUGGUGGUUAUGAACCAGAUCAAUUAAUUUCAAUUAUUGCAUAUAUUAUAUUGGCAUCAAGAGUGGAAAAUAUAGUUGCACAUGUUCAAUAUAUUAGACUUUAUGCAGAGAUUGGUGAAGAUGAGAAUGAUCUACCAAGAUUCAUCGAUGCCAUUGUAUAUUUAAUGAACAGAUUAUGUUCAAAAUCAAUUAAAUCAUGUACAAAUUUAAGAAAGCAUUUUAUGGAAGUCGAUUUCCAACAACCUGAUAGUCUAUCUGAUAGAACUAUUCAAAUAGAGUAUUUCUUUGUGAUUCCAUAUUAUAAUAAUGUUGCUGCUAAUCAUCCAAACUUUUAUUUAGUUCGCUCAUUAAUUUUGAUUUGGCUAUCAGCUUAUCUAUUAUUUUUUUGGGUUGACUAA